GCCCUAACUUUUUUCAUCUCUCUUUUUCGAUGAUCUUAAAUUUACUUACUCCAAUUUCAACUGCCCACACACACUCAUAAAAAAAUGUUUCCCUUCAAUGAUUCCUCACAUGAUAUUGAUAAUUAUCAAAUCCAUCUCCAAAAUCUCUUUUCUUAUCAACUAAUUUCGUCCCAAGAAGGAGGCAGUAGUGAAAAUCUUAAUACCAACAACAAAAUUGACGAAACCACUCAAAAUGAAGAGAAGAAGAUUAUGCACCGAGAUGUUGAACGUGAAAGAAGAAAACAAAUGGCCUCUCUUCUCACCAACCUUCGAUCUUUGCUUCCUCUUGAAUUUAUAAAGGGUAGGCGUAGUAGGGUUGAUAUUGUUGAUGAAGCGGUGAAUUAUAUUGAAUAUUUAAGAGGGAAGAUCAAUGAGCUUCAUCUUAAAAGAGAUGCGAUAGUAAAGAGGCUGCAUUUGGAAUCAUCCUCAAGUUGCAAUAAUGAUAUUCCUUCUACAAGUUGUGUUGUAAUUAAGCAAUAUUCAGGAGGAUUGGAGAUUGUGAUAAGUAAUGGUAUUAUUUCAGAGCAGAAUUUUCAACUUUCAGGAGUGAUGAGGGUUUUGAUUGAACAAAGUAUUGAAAUCGAAACUUGUUCUUCCACCAAAUUAAAUGAAAGGAUGUUGUACACCAUUCAGACAAAGGUGGAUGAUUCAACUAAGAUUGAUCUGCAUGAACUGAAGCAAAGACUAUAUCAAGUUUGCAAUUCUGAGUGAUUAAUUUGGUACCUUCACUUACUCAUAUAUUUCUCUUAUCUUUAUGUGUUCCUUGAAUGAAGGAGAUAUUGUGAUGAAGAUUUCUAAAGAUGUGUGAAUUUAUUUAAGAGGUGAUCUGGGUGUGUCUUUUGAUUCUUCUCUCUCGUAUUUUUAUUAGAAAAAGUUUGAAUGAGGGAGGUUUUGUGAAGUAUGUCAUAAUUUAUGAUUCUAAGCAA